AUGCAAGAACUCGCCAUCCAGCCAAGAGGCAUAUUCUGGCAGGACGACUUCAUAACGCCCGAACACGAAGCCCACCUGAUGAAAAUUUUCCAGAACGAACUUGAAUGGCCAGAGCGCUCCGGCCGUCUAUCACUACACUAUGGCUACACCUUCGACUACAAGACGUUUGGCGUCGAUCCGAGCAUUCCUUUCAAAGACUUCCCGGUUUGGUUAAUCCCAUUGUUGCCGACGAGGGAAGGCAGACCACCUGAUCAGGUGUGUCUGCAGCAUUACCCACCCGGCGCAGGUAUCCCUCCGCAUGUCGAUACACAUUCUGCGUACGAUCAAUUGUACGCUUUAUCGCUGGGGGCACCGGUUAUGAUGCAAUUUACACGAAAUAGCGAUGCCGAUGGCGAUGAGGAGGGCGAAAAGAAGGAGGUAGUAGAGGUGGACUUGACACCGAGGAGCAUGAUGCAGAUGUCCGGCGACUCACGACUGCACUGGACGCAUGGCAUUAAGAAGCGCAAGACGGAUACGCUGCCAAAUGGUACGGUGAGGAGGCGCGACGAUAGGUGGAGCAUUACGUACCGUUGGAUUAGAGAGCCCGCUGUGUGCGACUGCGGCGACGCCAAACUGUGUGACACCACACAGAGGAAGUUGGGCAUAGAGAAAGAGUAUAGGUGGAAGAAGGAGGGCGAGGGAACAACCACUACCACCACCGAUGAGCCUUCUACUACUACCGACGAGGCAGCUACCACUUCUACAGAGCCAGCCACCAUUGAAGAACCUAAUACAGAUCUUGCUACGCCAGAAGAUCCUACACCAGAAGACCCUGCCCCAGAAGAUCCUGCACCAGAGGAUCUCGCACCAGAGGAUCCCGCACCAGAGGAUCCCGCACCAGAAGAUCCUAAUACUCCAGAAGAACCUAAUACUACCACUGAGGUGAGUGAAUUCCUAUAG